AUGUAUGGCCUGAUCUGGGUCGACGACAAGGUCCUCUCAGAGAACUCGAAAGUCUUGCAGGAGCUGCGUGAUCACAAGCAACUCACAGGAAGGCCGCUGUAUCCUGAGGCAAACUUACCAGUCGUCAGCGUGAUUCACCUCCACUUCUUCGAGUUCUUUUGCAACCUCAGACUCAACGACAAGGGUACAUUGACGCCUGCCGGAGGGCGCCUCGGCGCAGAAGCUGUGACAUCGACGCCACUGCCGAUUCUCGCAAAUGCGAUUCUAGCAAUAAUGACCCACCGACCAGUGCCAGCAGCUCGGUACUACCGCCUGCUCAACGACUCGAGCGACAAUCUCGCCAAGGCAUCACUGUCCACGCUGACCACGCCACAGGCACAGAAGUUCCUCGGGUCAUUCCUUGCUGGUGUCUUCACAACGCUCACCGCCCUCCUCGUCUUGUAUCCACUUGUGGGCAGGCACCUUCUCUCAUCGCAUCUCUGCGUCAGCCCAUACAUCCAGCAGCUCACCUUCACACCACAUCCCGAGUACGCAAAUCUAUCACAUAGCUAUGAUGCGCUGUGGGAGGACAUGCUGCCUGCAAAUGGUGGAUUCCUGAUCGAUAAGGCGACUGGGCGUAGUGAGGGCAUCACGAUGUUCCAUCAACUGCAUUGCCUGCAGCUGUUGAGGAUUGGGCUGCAGAGAGGUCAUGAUGAUGGCAUGGGCAGGGGAAGUGGACAUGUGACGGAUGGGAAGGGGCAGAAUAUGCAUGCGAACGAUGAGCAUUACCUGCAUUGUCUGGACUAUCUGCGGCAGACAAGUCUUUGUAUGGCCGAUAGUACGAUCGAGAAGACCAUCGACAGGAAGAAGCCGGGCAGGAAGCUGGUGGAUGGCUACGUCACACAUCGAUGCAGUGACUCUCGACGACUGGACCACGAAGAUCACCUUCCCAACCACGCUAGUCGCUCCAUCAGGCGGCGGCGAUAUCGACACCGCCGAAACUAUAGCGCAGCAGCAGCACGAAAUAACCUUGACCCCAGCAACGAUGACGACCACGCGGAGGGAUUCGUCAAGGAGAGCGUGCCAUUUGUGCGGGCGUCUUCCGCUCCAUCGACCCCGGCGGAUGCAGGAAAGAAGCCGGAUCGUGGUUCCUUUUCCCUGUUCCGCUCGAGUGGAAGCGGCAGCGCCGGAAAGAAGAUCGAGAUUGCACGCUACCAGAGCUUCAGUGGGAAGUAUGAAUUGGGCGGCGUGUUGGUCGCGGACUCGCGAGAAGUUCAGGGUGGAAAUGAUGGAAUGCUGAUUGUGGUGCUGACGCUUGUCGGACUGUUGAGCGCGAAGGAGAGUUUCAAUCGUGUUAGCGCUCAAUCGUGA